AUGGCUGACUCAGGCGCGAGUCGCGAGUUGACUCGCGAGUCAACAGGCGUUGGGGACAGGCACGCGCGGGCGCUGGGGCACGCGCUCGCGGGACAGCGAGGAGGGUUCCUUCCCGUCAUUCUGAUGGCAGAAGAUCUGUCGGAGAAACUGAGAAAAUUUAAACUCUCUGAUAAGGAAAAGAAUGGGCUUUCAAUUGCUGAAGAGGAUGUCGCCCAUGGUUUUCAGGAGUGUCAACUUAGUCUAAUUGGUAAAAUCUAUGGUGAGAAGAAGGCCAACAUCAAUGGAUUGAAAACUACAUUGCACAACAUCUGGUUUACAAAGGAGCAGUUCUUCAUCAAGAAUAUUGGAUUUAAUUUGUACCAAUCUACUUUCCAGUUAGCGGAAGACAAGGAACAGAUCUUGCAAGGGAAAACAUGGACUUUUGAUGGGCAAUACAUCUUACUGAAGGACUGGAAUACUGGAGCUUUGGAGUUUUCAUCAGCGGAAGAAAAAAUUAGAAUUUGGGUUCAACUUCAUAAUCUACCUUUGCACUGGCUUACAAUAGAGUUGGGAACCAAAAUUGGCCAAGUAAUAGGAAAAGUGAUUGAUGUCCUUGUUCCGGGUGUAGAAAGCAUGAACGAACAUAUUAUGAAAGUGCAAGUGGAGAUGAAUUUAAGAGAAGCCAUUCCCAGAGGAACUCUAAUUACCCUUGGCUCAAACAAAAGGUGGGUUGACUUCAGGUAUGAAAACCUCCAAGCUUUUUCCUUUUACUGUGGUUUGAUAGGUCAUGUUGAUAAAAAUUGUUCUUCCAAAAAAGGAGAUUUUGCUAGAAAUAUGCUUAGCUUGGGUCAAUUUGGGGAGUGGCUUAGGGUGGGAUCUGUGUCUUUUCUUGGGGCUAAUAGUAGUAGAUUUUCUGGGUCUGAAGGUCUUAGUGCUGAUGAUUCUUUGAAAUUAGCUAGCAGGGAACUCAGUGUAGGAGAGAGGAGUUUGGGGAAAUACAACAAUUCUCCUGUUUCUACUCCUCCUCUUGGUGAUCAAGAAAGUGGCUCUAAUGUUGGUGGGCUUACUGAGGUCCUUGGGAAUAGUACCAAGGAAACUAGUAUCCCUACUAAUAAAGGAACCCUUGAUCCCAGUAGUCCCCCCUUUCCCAUUGAAGAGGGGUCUGACCAAGAACUUGUUGAGGUAGCUAUUCAACCUCUCCAAGCUGGGAGUAGAGCCCCUCUGAAAAGGAGGAAGGUUUGGCCUCGAGUCAAUAAAUCAGGUACUGCAUCUACUCUGUCAGCCAUGGAGGUUGAUAAGGGGAAAUUAGUAGCCUUAGAAUCAGGAUCUGUUUUGAAUUUUCGUAAAAGAUAUUUUGAUAUGAACAGCCAGAGGAAGCGAGGGAUCAAAUCCGAUCCGACUUUGCCUCAGAACACACCCUUAUCUUCGCUUGAAGCUGACAUAAGAGGAAUGAAUGGGCAGCUACUUCUGGCCAAUCUUACUGAUAAGAGGGGUAGAAGGUGCAAAACUGAGAAGGAGAUUGUUAUGGUUCUGGAGCAAUACUACCAACAACUGUUUACUUCUUCUACUUCUGGAAGCCUCUGGAAUCGCUGCACGUGGUCGGGAGGUGCUGCGACGGAGAGGUGCAGUGGUGGUCGAAGCUUGCUGGGUGAUGGAGGAUCACGAGUAGGGACGACGGUGGUGAUGGCCUGCGCGAAGAGAAGGUCGCCGGAAAUGGUGAUCGCAGGGCUCUCGCCGGAGAUGAUGGUGGGGACUGAAUAUUUUUAG